GUUUGCCUCAAAAGUCCCCGGGUUUGACAUCAACAGCUCCUUUCUUAAUCUCUGGAUGCUCAGAAUCCACAAACGGUCCAAGCUGAGUUUUAAGUGCUCCCUCAAGAUACAAUUAACACACCAUACAUGUAGUCUUAUAUAUAGAAAGGUCUGAACGAAUCUUAGUUACCAACCAGCACGAGUAACUGUGGUGGCUUCCUUUUCGCAUGAACUAGUAGCUCAUUCAGUGGCUCAAAUAGAAAAGUUGUCUAAUGUGGUGAAUGGUCUGGAUGCAAUUAUCUGCCAAGAUAAAGACCCUUAAGCAUAAUUUCGAGUCUCAAACUAGAGGAUUAUAAUGCUAUCCGACUCUUAAACAAACCACCCUUGUGAUUGAAAACGACAACUUAAUAUAUAUGGUUUGUAAUAGGCUCGGGAAUAUGAAAUAUGUUAUUUAUUAGACUGUGUAAUAUGUUUUGCAUUAGCUCUUAUUCAUAUUUGAGAGCGACCUAUGAUUGUAUAUUCCUAGAUUUUUUAUUUUUAUUUUGGUACAGCCUUUGGUAGUACUAAUAUUUGUUGAUGUGGGGUUUGAAAAAUAUAAUAGUCAGGGUAAGAAUGAUCAUGUUGGUUCCUAAGGUGUUUGAUGUGGAGGGGUGGUUUUGUUAUCUUUAGAGGAAUCAAUGAAUUUCCGCGAAUGCUUCUACUUUAAUAAUAUAUAGAUUUGCUUUUCAAUCUUUGAACAUGCACAGAUUAAUUAUCAUUAAUGGCAUAAAUAUCUUCACAAAAAGAUCAAUUACUAUUUACUUACAUAUCUUAUUUAAUUUUACAGAAAUAUACUACUAUUUAUAAAUAACUUUAUUAUGUAAAUUGAUUUCAUAUCAAAUAUAUCCAUUUUAUUAAAUUGUGUAUAUAUAACUUUUUGGAAAAAUAUCUCAUAAUGGGUUACUUAUAGGCCAUACAAGUCUUUUAAAAAAAAUAAUUGUAAUAGUAUUUCAUCAUGCCUCAUCAUAAAAUAUCUGUGCUCAGUUAAUAUAGUAGCCAAAGUUUCAAAAUUCAGAAAUGGUUACAAUCCCCAGAAGUAAAUCCCCUAUAUGUGUCCAGUGACUUCUCUAUAAAUUGUAUCAUUUCCUCAACGUUUUUGUUUGUUCUAACAAAUCGCUGCACUAAGAUGGAAACACCAAAUAGCUUAGAAAAAAUCUCAAGGUGGGAAAAUAUGGAGAAAAACAUAUUAGCCAAGAUAUUUGGGAUGCUCAACGUUGUUGAUAUAAUCAAGGGGAUAUCUCGCGUCUGUGUCUCUUGGUUCCUUGCUUCUCACAACAAAUCUUUAUGGAAGACUAUAGACUUAAGUAAUCUCAAGUCAAUUAUUUCAAAAUUUUCUGCUAAGGCAGACCAUCUGUCUAAUGACGAAGAACACCAAUAUGAGCUCAGAAAUAUAUUGGCUGAGAUAACUAAAUUUAACAGCUCAGUCACGACAAAUCUAGUUUUUGAUAACUGUUACUAUAUACAAGACGAGGAACUCGCGAUCAUUGCUCAAAGGAUGCCAAACGUAAAAAAAUUGUCACUGCCGCUCUAUCGUAAUCUCAAUAAGAAUUCACUAAUGUUUACAUUCAGCCAGUGGAAGAAUCUCAAAACGUUAGUCAUUACUCAACCUGGUUUACCCAUUAGAAAUGCUAACUUUCGCGCCAUUGGAGAGAACUGCAAGAACCUCACCAGCCUAAAGCUUAUCCGGCUUUUAGACAAUGACUUAGCCUAUCAAAUUGUGAGUUACUUCUCAAACCUGGAGAGUUUAAGCUUCCGAGGUGCAGCUUUAUACAUAGAUGCACUAUUGUCGCUUGUCACUGAUCACCAAAACCUCAGGAACCUAAAUCUUUCACAUUGCUUAUACAUAGAUUGUAAAGGAUUUGCUAAUGUAUACUACAAUAACUACAUAAAGGCGUCAGGUUUAGAGACCGAAAAUAUCGUACAAACUGCCACUCAAAAGCUUGACACAUUUAUCGUGUGUUCAAAUCAUUGCGAGACAUGCAACGAGUUGCGGGGACGUAUGCGAGGUCGUUGGGAUUUUCACUGCAACUACUGUAUGUUGUCCAAUGACCAAUGGAAAACUGAUGAGAUAAAGGAACUUGAAUUUUAAAAUUUCUAAGUUUUGUUUAGUGUCUUGAAUAAAUGUUUAUUUUCAUGGAAAAUAUUUUGUUAUUGGACUAUUCUUCUUGUUUCUUUCCUACAAUCGUUUAUAAAUCUCUUAUCAAUUUAUAAUAUAUAUAUAUCAAUUUACUUUAUAUAUUUAUCGCAUAAAUUCAAAACAGUUUACUGAAAGUUAACAUUUGUUCAUGAUUAAGUUUUGAGUAAAUGUUUACUUUCAUGGAAAAUAUUUGUCACUAUU